AGGUAGGGGCCAGGUAGGGAUGGCCUGGAACUGCAAGUCAUCAAGUGUGGGGCAGCUUUCUCGAAAUCGAAGCUUUUCCCGUUGAAGAUCCAGCUCUCUGGUUUGGCGGCGGGAGAGCUCUUAUUAGGCGUGUACUUGUACUGUACCUAGGUACCUACAUAUUCCCGCCCGACCCAUGCGGCUAAACGAUUUCGCGACACCUGGAACAUGGCACUUCAUGCAAACAAAAGAGCUCCUCCUCCAGCCCAAGAGACUCUUCUGACCUCCGAUCAGAAUACAUCCCACGGCUUCGAGAUGUAUCUGGGAGCGUAAUGGACUUUUGGUCGCGCCUCUUAGCCCAUACUCCCCUGUCUUCGGGGAGCUCCCGUAAGGACUUCGCCCGGGAUCCCGUUCGACGACUCCAUCGCUUCGAGAAGGAAUACAGUCAGCUUCUGCAAAGAUGGCGAAACUCGUCCAACCUGGCCCACGACGACGAAGCCGCCGAGAACAUCGAGAUCCGCCUACAAGAGCUGACCAACAUCCUCACCGAUGAAUCGCGGAGACCUCUGCCUCACCCGUGCAUUACCUUCUCCGCGAGGAAGCAGAUCUACAUACCGGUUGCCAAGGUCGCCAUCUCUUCCGGCAAUGAGUGGAUCAUCAAGGAGGCAGUCUUGUUCUUUGCCACUCUGAUCGAGAGCGAGGAGGAGGCCUUCGUCGAGAAUGACUCAUUCUCGGUCAGCCUUACGAACUUGCUGGUUCGUAUCACCGGCACGAACAGCAUCCGCCUUGACUCGGAUACCGAGACCAGGGUCGUUGAGCUGGCCUUCAACAUCACUACCAAGAUCAGGCUGGACCCCGAGAUCCUGCCGACAUGGUUCAGGUCCAGGCAACAGGCCAAUUCGCCGAGCGAGGAGUACCAAGACGAGCACGAUAGGUUCGCUGGACGGACACAGAAGCAGGAUUUCCCCCUGUUCUAUCUCUUGAUGGACUACAUCCACAACGAGGGCAAGGUUGGCGACUUUGCAAGGACAGGUCUGCUGUAUAUCAUCGAGGCGGCGUCUAGCUCGGUGGCCCUCGAACAGUGGAUAGUAGAGAGCGACUUGUCCACCCUGAUGGCUACCGGAUUGGGCGCUCUGUACAGCCAGCUGAGCCGGAAACUCGUCAUCGACCACCCCGCGCACGAGCUCCCCCCAGUCCUCGCCCUCUCCGACUACGACCAUCCCAAAUCCAACUAUGAAAUCACCAGUUCCUGUUCCGCCGAGUUCCAGGCCCACCUCGACACCUUUCUCUCCCAUCUACUCUUUUGGCAGGACGUCCUGAAUCACUGCAGAUCCGUCGAGGUCAAAUCAACCCUGCUCGAGCACUUCCAGGUCAUAUUUCUCCAGCAGUUAUUGUAUGUGCCUUGUCUCUCCAUCCAACCAGUGUGGUGCAUCGCUGAUCGUUCUCCCCCCAGAUACCCCUCACUGCUGGAGUCUUCUGAUAUUGACGGGGGCUCCUCGGUUGCUGUCCUGACUUAUCUCCGGCGGAUUCUCGAGUCCCUUGACCACCCCGACAUGAUCAACCUGAUUCUUCACUAUCUUCUUGCCCUGCCAGACAUUGUACCCUCCGCCUCCUCUACGUCAGUAAGCUCAGUGAGCAGGGCCCGAAAGCGCAAGUCCAUGGACCUAGCAACUCUGAUGGCAGCCCAAUCCGACACAGCGGCUACUCCUCUACUCUUCAACUUGGUGGACCUGAUCCUGGCCUGUCUCCGGUCCCACAGCCAGCAGACGAUCAAUGUCACUCUGCAGCUCGUCUCGGCGAUCCUUAAGAGGCACCAUCGAUAUGCCGUCAUCACCCUCCUUCAUACGGUAACCGUUCGCAGCGAGCUUUCUCGCCGAACUGUCGGGGCUCACCAGCAAGAGGUGGAGUUUCUGACGCAUCUUGCGGGGUGCAUUGGCGGUCAGGACAACUUCGAUGAGAUAUACCAGAACGUACUGGGGGACACAACUAUCCGACUGGAGAGCCACCCCUGCUCACUGAAGCUUGUCGCACCUAAAACAUCGACAAACAACCACAAGCUCCCGGCCAUUCCGGAUAGUCUCCCCGGGGCGCCGCAGGAUGUUUGCCCCCAUACCCUUCGUCCCGACGAUCCCGUCCUGAACAUCAUCCUCGAUCGUCUUGAGAGUUUCUUCCUGAACCCCGUCGAGACGAACCUGUCAUUGACGGACGCCAUCUUCGAGCUCGCCGUUUGCGGCUUCGUCAGCAUAGAAGGCUGGUUCCUGCGGAAUACCCAGCAAUACGUGUACGAUGACGAGGGCGAGGAGUAUGGUCAAUCGGACACGCCUCCCGCCCCGGAUUCGCCCAUCUAUGCUGAAUUCCAGAAAGUCCAGAGCAUGAAACAGUGCCGGCGCCGACCCAAGUGGACCACUUCCAGCCUCCCUCGAUUCCUCACCGUCCUCCAACUUCUGACAAACGAGGUGGAAGCCUACCGUGAGACCAUUCCGCGAUUCGACGACCUCCUGCAACAGCGCCGCGAAGCCUUCCAGACCGCCGAUAUCGGGGCUCCUCCCCCAGUCCCGGCCCGGCCCAAGCAGCCGAACCCCCAAGCAGCCCCCAGCACGCCAGCCAUCGGCCGCACCAGCAACGACGACCACCGCAGCGCCUCCCCGGCUCGCCCGUCCCGCCUCGAAGGGUUCGCGCAGCGCAUCCUCUCGGAACUCGGCACGCCCACGCGCUCGGGAAGCCCGCGGGGGAGGAAGGAGAUGAGCCGCGGGCCCUCGGAUAGGUCUACGCCGGCGCCGGUCCCGCCUAGGGAGUUCCCACUCAGCCACGAGAGCCCCUCGCGGGGCGGCGGGCUGGCGAGGUCGUACUCGCCCGGCAGCGCGGCGAGCGUGCCUGGGUCCUGGGACGCGAGGGGCGACGCCGUGUCGAGCCAGCUGAAGGCCUUCCAGGCCGUCGACCAGGGAAUCCUCUCCCGGCGGGUUGGGUUACCGGCCGUGAGGGGCGGCGCGGAAAAGAUCGAGCCGAUACCCCUCGUCUUCGAGAAGGUGGCUGCCGGUGUCGAGGCGGCGGAUGACGACGGGAAGGGGGAGGAGGGGGAGGGAGAGGUGCCGACUCCGCCCGAGGAGAAGACGGUUUCUGUCUCGCAUGUCAUCACCAACGUCAUUGUCUUGCAGUCCUUCCUCUUCGAGCUGGCGAGCCUGGUGCAGGUGCGGGCGGGACUCUUUGACGAGGUGCGAUUUGCCUGAGACGGCGGCUGCCCACAAAUCGCAAAUUCGGCGUCGAAUGUUCCCGGUUUGCCCCUGCCGUAGUUCAUACGAAGGGUCUUUUUUUUUCUCCCUUUUACUUUUGUUGGCGCCUUACUGCACUGGCAUUGCUCGGCGUCCUUGGAUCGAUUGUAUGGAAGACGGACGGUCCGGCUUUUUGUAGCUGCGCUUCUCUUGAUAACCACCUUGGCUCAUGAUAUGGACGUUGU